CUAUUGCCAACUGGACGAAGUCAUUCAAACCGAUCCCAACACCUAAUACCCCUUUUGAAUGCAAAAUAUUUCUCUCAUCUGCAGGCCAGACCCAUUGACUGUUGGUUAAAUCCAUUCUUUUCAUUCCUUUCUCAUACAAAUCCUUCAAAAUCCAACCACAACGGAAUCCCUAACUGCAAUCAAAUGGGGACCGAAAUUCCAAUUUCAGAAGACGACGGAGCUUCCUACUUCCCUCUCGCCGCCGCUUGCGGAGACGCCGAGGUCGAGGUGAACAAUCCCGAUGACCUGAGACUGAAGCAGCUCGGUUACAAGCAAGAGCUUAGCCGCAGCCUGUCGGCGGUGGCGAACUUCUCGAUGGCGUUUUCGAUCAUAUCGAUACUGACGGGGCUGACGACAUUGUACGGAACGGGGCUGAGGUUCGGAGGUCCGGUCACUAUGGUGUACGGAUGGUUGAUUGUCGGAGCGAUGACGAUGACGGUGGGGCUAUCAAUGGCUGAGAUUUGUUCUGCGUUUCCGACUUCCGGUGGCCUCUACUUCUGGAGUGCGAGGUUAUGUGGUCGCCGUUGGGGCCCUCUAGCUUCUUGGCUCACGGGCUGGUUCAAUAUUGUUGGUCAGUGGGCUGUGACAACAAGUGUAGAUUUUUCACUGGCAAAACUCAUUCAGGUUAUCAUUCUCCUCAGUACAGGAGGGAAAAAUGGCGGUGGAUAUGAAGCAUCUAAGUACAUAGUUAUCUGUUUCCAUGGGGGAAUUUUGCUCUUACAUGCUAUAAUAAACAGCCUUCCUAUCUCAUUAUUAUCGUUCUUUGGGCAGUUAGCUGCUAUCUGGAAUGUUUUAGGUGUCUUCUUGCUUAUGAUCCUCAUUCCAUCUGUUGCAACGGAAAGAGCUAGUGCCAAAUUUGUUUUCACUCAUUUCAAUACUGAUAAUGGAGAAGGAAUCAGGAGCGGAGUAUACAUAUUUCUCCUGGGACUUCUAAUGAGUCAGUACACUCUAACUGGAUAUGAUGCAUCUGCUCAUAUGACAGAGGAAACCAAGAAUGCUGAUAGAAAUGGACCAAAAGGAAUCAUCAGUGCUAUUGGGAUAUCUAUUAUUGUUGGAUGGGGUUAUAUACUUGGCAUUACCUUUGCUGUUACUGAUAUCCCUUACCUUUUGAGUGAAAAUAAUGAUGCUGGUGGGUAUGCCAUUGCUGAAAUAUUUUAUCUAGCGUUCAAGAGAAGGUAUGGCAGUGGAGUUGGGGGAAUUAUUUGCCUGGGAGUGGUUGCUGUUGCCAUAUUUUUCUGUGGCAUGAGUUCGGUUACCAGCAACUCAAGGAUGGCUUAUGCUUUCUCUAGAGAUGGAGCCAUGCCGUUUUCAUCAUUAUGGCACCAAGUAAAUAAGCAGGAGGUCCCCAUAAAUGCAGUUUGGCUAUCUGUAAUUAUAUCAUUUUGCAUGGCAUUACCGUCCCUUGGAAGCAUUGUGGCAUUUGAUGCUAUGGUUUCCAUAGCCACAAUCGGCCUCUAUAUUGCCUAUGCUCUUCCAAUCUUCUGUAGGGUGACCUUGGCGCGGAAGUCUUUCAUCCCGGGGCCAUUCAACUUGGGACGAUAUGGGAUCAUCGUUGGCUGGGUCGCGGUUCUUUGGGUGGUGACCAUCUCUGUCCUCUUCUCAUUGCCUGUUGCUUACCCAGUAACUAUUGAGAACCUCAACUACACACCAGUUGCUGUUGGAUGUUUGCUGGUUCUUGUAGUUUCUUACUGGAUACUCUCUGGUAGGCAUUGGUUCAAAGGUCCUAUAACCAAUAUAAACAAGUGAAGUUUUGUAGAUUUCAAGAGAUUUCUUUGGCAAUAUCAUCAUAUGUUCAGUCCGAUACCAUUGUUUUCCAUUCGACUUUUUCAUUCAAUGCUUCACAUCAGGGAUGUUUAGCAUUCUAAAGAGGCAAAGUAGGUAUAUAGAUGCAAUGCCUAGCAGUGUUUCAGAUUCAGAUCAGAAACUGGAGUUGUUUUGUUCAGAAAAUAUAUAGAACAAAUUGUUCAUGCUUAUCAUUCCAUGUGAAUAUGGUGGGGGGAAUUAAAGUGGUGACUGGUGACAUAAUGUCAUUAGUGGUAUUUAAUGAUCACACCGCAAUGCUGAUAUUGAGAAUGUAGGUGUUCAUGGGAUUUAAAUUUGAUUCUUUGGCUACAA